AAAAAAAAAGAGGGUCAUUUCGCCGUCCUUUCUCUCUUUAAUCUCAUAUUCUAUCUUUCUGUCUCUCUCUCUCUCUCUCUAUCUCUAUCGUUUUCCUCUUUGCCUCUCGUGGGUUCUCUUCUCUUUUUAGCUGUAUUUUUUUUUUUUUGGUUGAAUUUGUUUUUCAUUUUAAAAAAAAUCCAACUCGUUGAAAAAAAAAAAAAAAAAAAUUCAAUCUUUGGAAUGAAUCGGAUUAACAAAAUCACUGUAGAGAUCUCUUCAUUUCACCAACCGAGCAGAAACCCUAGAAAUUUCAGCUUAUAAAGGGUUUUUGUUUUUUUUCUGAUUCGUUGAGUAGUUUUGUUCAUGAUUAGGGUUUUGGAGUUGUGAGUUUCGAUCUUGUAUUUGGAGUUUUAGUAUUAUAUAAGGGAAUUGAUAUGGAGGGGUUUGGGAGUGGUAGUGGUAUUCACGAGGCUCCCAAUCCUCAAGAUCUCAAGCAAUUCGGAGAUAAUUCAACAGGUACUGUAUUUGAUGCAUCUCAAUAUGCAUUCUUCGGUAAAAACGUAUUAGAAGAAGUUGAGCUUGGAGGGUUAGAAGAUGGACAGGAGGAUUUUCCUGCAGCUGGAUUUGAUGAAGAAGAAUUUAUUUUUGAUAGAGAACAGCGAGAAGUUCUAAGAUCUCUGUCUGAUAUCGAUGAUCUAGCCAGCACCUUUUCAAAGUUGAACAAAGGCGUAACUGGACCAAGAAACACAGGCGUAAUUGGGGAUAGGAGAUCCAGAGAAAGUUCAACUGCCUCAGAAUGGGCACAAGAGGAGUUCCCUAACUGGGUUGACCAUCAGUUUUAUGAUGCUGGUAGCAGUCUAGAAGGAAAGCGAUGGUCUUCGCAGCCAAUAUCUUCUGCUCAGCUUAUGGAAUUAAAGCCUUUGUACAGAACGUCUUCAUACCCUGAAGAGGAACAGCAAGUCAAGCCUUUGUACAGAACAUCUUCAUACCCUGAACAGGAACAUCAGCGGCAAAACCACCUCCAGCACUUUGCCAGUGAACCAAUUUUGGUGCCAAAAUCUUCUUUCACUUCAUACCCGCCACCUGGUGGCAGAUCCCAGCAUGCUUCACCAAAUCAUCAUUCUGGUCAUCUGAAUAUUCCAUAUCUUGUUGGACACCAAGGUGGAUUAUCUUCACCAAACCUCAAUGCCUUCUCUAAUUCUCAGCUUCAAUUGUCUGGGCCACCUCAUUCACCCCACUUUGGUGGAAAUUUACCACAGCUUAAUUCUGGUGUCCGUGUCAAUGGUCGACCUCCAAAUCAAUGGGUCAACCAGGCUGGCAUGUAUCCUGGAGAUCAUUCUACCUUAUUGAAUAAUUUAUUGCAGCAACAAUUGUCUCAUCAAAACGGUAUAAUGCCUCCGCAAUUAGUGACUCAGUCUCAGCAACAGCAACAUAGAAUGCACCACCACAUCCAGCCAUCCUUUAAUCAUUUGCCAGGGAUGCAGUCCCAUGUAUUCAAUCCCCAUCUUUCUUCACCUUUAAUGAGUAAGUUUGAAGCAAUGCUUGGUCUGGCUGAUCUAAGAGAACAACGGCCAAAAUUGAGCCAGAAAAGUAGAAGGAAUUCUCGUUCUAGUCAGCAGAGUUCUGAUUCAAGUAGUCAGAAGAGUGAUGGUGGGUUGCCACAGUUUAGGUCUAAGUAUAUGACAGCUGAUGAAAUUGAGAGUAUUCUUCGGAUGCAACUUGCUGCAACACACAGUAAUGACCCAUAUGUAGAUGAUUAUUACCACCAGGCUUGUCUUGCAAAAAAAUCAUCUGGGGGGAAGCUGAGGCAUCAGUUUUGCCCAACUCACCUGAGGGAUCUUCCUCCCCGUGGACGCUCUAAUUCUGAACCCCAUGCUUUUCUCCAGGUAGAUGCUCUUGGAAGGAUUCUCUUCUCUUCAAUUCGUAGGCCCCGUCCUCUUCUUGAAGUUGACCCACCAAAUUCAUCUGGUCCUGGAAGCACUGAACAGAAGGCUUCUGAGAAGCCCUUAGAGCAGGAGCCAAUGCUUGCUGCUAGAGUAACAAUUGAAGAUGGACUUUGUCUUCUUCUUGACGUAGAUGAUAUUGAUCGUUUUCUGCAAUGUAGUCAACUACAAGAUGGUGGGACCCAGUUGAGACGUAGACGGCAGGUCCUGCUGGAAGGACUUGCGGCGUCACUUCAACUGGCUGACCCACUAGGCAAAAAUGGCCAUUCAGUUGGGCUUGUUCCCAAGGAUGAUCUUGUGUUCUUGAGGUUAGUUGCUCUACCUAAGGGACGGAAGCUCCUCUCACGGUACCUACAGCUUCUUUUUCCUGGCAGUGAGCUUAUGCGGAUUGUUUGCAUGGCUAUCUUCCGUCACUUAAGGUUCUUGUUUGGUGCUCUCCCCUCUGACCCAGGAGCAGCAGAAACGACAAAUGACCUCGCAAGGGUUGUUUCAUUGUGUGUUCAUGGCAUGGAUCUUGGUGCACUUAGUGCCUGCCUUGCAGCAGUCGUUUGUUCAUCAGAGCAGCCCCCUCUUCGCCCACUUGGCAGUUCUGCAGGAGAUGGGGCUUCUCUCAUUCUAAAGUCAGUUCUUGAGAGGGCAACUGAACUUUUGAUGGAUCCUCAUGCCGCUAGCAACUAUAAUAUGACUAAUCGGGCACUUUGGCAGGCUUCCUUCAAUGAAUUUUUCGGUCUUUUAACCAAGUAUUGUGUAAAUAAAUAUAAUAGUAUUAUGCAGUCAUUGUUGAUGCAGGGUCCACCAAAUAUCACAGUUGUUGGAACAGAUGCAACCAAAUCUAUUAUUCGUGAAAUGCCGGUCGAACUUCUACGUGCAAGUCUUCCUCACACGGAUGAGCACCAGAGGCAGCUAUUGAUGGAUUUUACACGGCGCUCCAUGUCUGUAGGUGGAUCUGACAGUCAUAAUGGCGAUAAUGGUGGUAUCAUGAAUUCAGAAUCGGUGCUAAGCUGAUGAGGAGCUGUGUGAAUAUAUAUACCAUGGUAGCUGAGAAACUGUACUUUUGAGAAAGUGAAGUGUAUGUGGACAUGAGUGGAAGUGUUUCACAUUUCUUCUGUGCUCAUGGUUCAAGUCGUAGGCAACUUAUCAACAGCUGACAAUAAUAAAAUAUUUGAUAGGCGUAUAUGAUGGAUGGGGUUAAAAGUCUAGUUUUUAUAUGGUUUACAUCUUUUUGAUCCCAUAUUACAUAUCUGCUUUGGAAAACUAGCAAGCAGAUUUAUCUGUUUUUCUUUCUCUCUAAUAUGUUAUGGGACUUAUCCUUUUAGAACUCAUUUUUGUUUAAGGGUAGGGGGGAUAAUUUUCCUUUGACUUGGGAGCUUUAUUUUGAUGCUCUGCUGUGGAACUCCUCGAUGUUGAAAAGGUGGAAAAUGUACAGUGUCUAGUGCAGUUGAUAUCCCACGAUCCUGACCUAUUAUUAAUUUUCAAGGAUGUGGGGGAGGGUAGAAUUUGUGCUUAUAUCUGGAAUUCUAUCAUAUUACCUUUCGUGGCAAUGCCAUUGGAGGUGGGUUUGCAGAUGAAGGCCGUAGUCAAGCUGUGUCUGUAAGCAUGAUAGGCAUUGGGGUUUGGCUUGAACCCUGGAAAAAAAAAAAAAUUUAUGUCUGUUUAGCGUUAGACUUUCUAUUUCAGCUUUGUUAUACUGUCAAAUGUCAAUGAUUUUAUGUGUUUUCUUCUCUUA